CCAGCCUGGCCCCCCCCCGCGGGUUAUAUCAAUCGUGCGUUCCUCGUUCGCCCACGGUGGCCCUCUCCCUCCUCAGCAUCCCUUCGUUCUUCCCCUCCCUUCUUUACCCUCUCCCGUCCCUUGUGAUUAGCAAGACCUACGGGCGCCCACCGGCAACAUGUCGAUCUCAGCUCCCCUCGGUGCCAUUAGUGGCGGCGAGCUGACUGGCACGGAAUUCGGCCAGAGGCUGUCUAUCCACGAUCAGGAGGCCUUCCAGAUCAACCAGGAUUUCUACGACCGCCAUGCCAAUUCGCAGCAUCUGGAGGUUUACAUGCACUACGCCGCCAUUGAGCGCCAGCGCGAGGCAGAAGACCCCCGCCCCGUGCCCGAUGCCUCGUGGACCGUCGCGUACAAGACGUUGACCGGCCAGAAGCACAAGAUCGUCUGGGGUGACGAGCCCAACCCGGUCGUGGUCGACGAUGAGGUCAACGCCAAAGGCCCUGCCCCUGGCGUUGAAGGCACCGACACCGAGAAGGGUACUGGCGCGACUGUCGGCGGCUUGGACUCCCAUGGCGAACCAUCGCAGGUCAGCACUGCUGAGCGCGAACGCCUCUACCGUGCCCUGCGUGUUGCCUCGUGGCAGGCCGUCUUCUACCUCAUCACUACCGACAUUCUCGGCUUUACUGCCGCGUCCAAGACCUUCCAGGAGAUGGGCUACAUCGCCGGUGUCCUCGUCUACUUCUUCUUCUACCUCCUCGCCAUCUUCGCCGGUCAGGUGAUCUGGAAGCUCUACUUGAGCUUGGACAGCGUUAAAUAUCCCGUCAUCUGCUAUGCCGAUCUUGGUGAGCGUGUCUUUGGCCGCUGGGUCCGACACGUCUUCAACAUCUUCCAAUCCGGCCAGCUCCUCUUCAACGUCGCCCUCCUCAUCAAUGGAAACGCCCAGGUUCUUGCCGACUUGGCUGACUUCCGCGCCGGCACCUGCUUUCUGAUCAUGUGCCUCGUCUUCUACUUCAUCGGCGCCUUCAUUGGCCAGAUUCAGUCGCUGAAGAACUUUGCCUGGUUCGCCAACUGCAACAUCUGGCUCAAUAUCGUCACCAUGAUCUUGACCCUCUACGGCAUUGCCACCUCGGCGCCCGUGCCCCAAUACUCCUACCACACCACUCUUGGGCCGAUCGAUGUCUCCACCUGGAUCCCCGCCUACGCACACGGCUGGUUCAACCAGGUGGAGGGCGUGCAGCUUGCCGUCUUCGCCUACGGUGGUGCCAUGAUCUUCCCCGAAUUCAUGGCCGAGAUGCGCAAGCCCCACGACUUCUGGAAGGCCGCCGCUUGCGCGCAGUUCUUCUGCUUCUUCACGUACAUGCUCUUCGGUCUGCUCGUCUACUCUUACCAAGGCCAGUACGCUUCCAUCCUUCCCGGUCUCGACUUCUCCAACCGCGCCAUCAUCUACGCCAACAACGUCAUCGGCCUCUUCACCAUCAUGAUCGCCGCCGUUCUUUACGGCAACAUCGGCGUCAAGGUUUUCUACGAGAACGUCCUCCGCGCCUACUUCAAGUUCCCGUCCUUCCUUGCCGGCAGGGGAAGACUCUACUUCGCCCUGACCGUCAUUGUCUACUGGGCCGUCGCAUACGUCAUCGCCGUCACCAUUCCCUUCCUGAGUGCUUUGGUCACCAUCGUCGGCGCCCUCUUCAUCCUGCAAUUCACCUACACCUUCCCCCCUCUCCUCUGUGUCGGUUUCUGGAUGCAAAUCGAUGCCCUCAAGGGCGAUCGCCCGUGGGAACCCGGCAUGGUGCCGGGCUCCAACCGCGUCGACACCUGGAAGGACAAGUCCCGCUGGUCUCGCGGCUUCUCCAAGUUCUGGUAUGCCAAGGCGUUCUUGAUCCUCAUGUUCGUCGCCGCCGUCGUCAACUCUGUUCUCGGUGUCUACGCUGGCGUCAAGCAGGCGCAGAGCUCUUUCGCGGCGGGUAUUGCGAAGCCGUGGGCCUGCAAGGGCCCCAGCUACCCCACCAACUACGGCAGCGGAGUCUAAGCCAUGGCCGGAAACGACCGCACUGCUUGCUGCCGCCGCCCGACCCAAGACAUCAGCCUCUUGUCUUCUCUUCGCCUGCAGCGCCCGUGGACGUCGAGCUCGCGAAAUCGAACUCGUUCAGAAGCUGGGUUGCAGGCAUCACAGUGGCUU